CGUCACAUAGUGAGUUUUCGUAUUGCUGUGCGUUGUUCAUCAUGCAUCUGCCUCUGCUCCUCAGUGUGUUGGCUGUGCUGUGCGCAGUUUGCUCCAGCCAGAAGCCCACAACUACUAAGAAGGCGACAACAACUAAGACUCCGAAACCGACCAAGCCACCACCAAUUGACUGCCGUCUACCAAGGGACUAUACGCUGAAUUCCAAUUCAUGCUUCGAACCAAAGCUGAAUUCGAUCUUUGGUGAUAAUGGCGACGGUUCCUUCGAUGCUGCCUUGAAGGAAUGCGGUGGAAAUGACGAGACCGUGUAUCUUUUGUCAUAUUUCAGGUUAAAUGAGUACGUCGAUUCAAAAAACAGCCUGAACCUGAACAAUACUGCUCUUGACAAAAAACUUGCGACUCAAGAGAAAAUAUUAUUUUGCAUCUUUCAAGCAUUGGGAAUAGUGGAUGCGAAGAAAAAGUUUAUUGAUGAUGAGGCAGGAGCCUCGACAGCAAUAUCCAUGAAUAUAGUGAAGCAUCCUUACUGGUACUCGAUUUGGAAAUGCCUGCACAAACUUUGCAAAAAACUCAUUUACAUCUACGUGUCAUGGAACAUUCAAAUUGUCGUCUACAUUCGCUGUUACAUUUACUACAUGUACAUGGAUUAUAUUGCAUGGCCGGUUUUGAGCGGCAAACCCAUUCCGGAGGGACUCACAUGGGAUAAUACUCCGACCUGCAACAAAACACUGUCAGAAAUGUACACGUGCAACAAAGCGUCGCCAUUCAACAAGAUCUUUCCAAGUGAAUAAAUAUUUUGAAGAAGGACAUCAUAUAUAUGGCAUCAGCUGGAUAAUGUGUGUUUUUUGCGAUGGCUUAAUGCAAAUUAAUGUUUGAGUGUAUGCACCUAUCUUGGAAUGUCCAAAUGCCAGUUUGCUCGACUUCAAUAAAAUUG